AUGGAAGUGACUAAUGCGGAAAUCGGUAAAUUAUUUUGUUUUUUGUUCUAAUAGCUGUGUUGAAAGUUUAAUUAUUAGUACGUUUGCAUAAGGAACUCGUUAUCUGAGAAUGCAACGUGAAGUUCAUGAUUAAAAAAAUUUGUUUUUUAUUACCUUGUCUUACACUAGCAGUCGAUAAGAUUUGCGAACCUCAAAAAAAAAAUCCUGAAAAAAUUACGUAUUCAUGUGUUUCGCGUUAAUUCGGAUGCAAAUGGGUUUUUGAUACUGAUAAAGGGAUUUUCAGGGAACUCCUUCAAUGAUAAUAUCUCCGAUGAUCUUAGAAGGUAAAGUUCUUGUUUUAUAGAAUGUUUCAAAAUUCUAUUUUCAGUCCUUCAAGCUCUUCUUCGUCUUUGCUGAACAGAAAAGGCUUAUUUGGGAACUCUGGAGGACGUCUAAAUGUUUGUUGAAUUGGUUUUCGAGAUUUAGAAUAUUUUUUUUUUUUAAGAAGGCGAUGGAGAUCUCUUCUAUGGAAGUUGAUGGUAACUUACAAAAAAACGAACAUAACGGAGUUGAAGAAAAAGGUAAGUUCGAUGAUAUUCAAUUUAAAUAUCAUUCUCUUUGAGAUUCCGCUGUUUUGGAAAGGUUGGGGAACUCAGCAGGUGGUAUUCCCGUGGUCGAGAAAAAUAUAAACGGCGUACCAGCCGUUGAAAAUGAGUACACAAAGUCGGGCAGCUCUGACGACGUCUCGAACGUCCCUAAUAAGACUGCUCAGGAUCCCAAGGAAGACACAAGUGUAAGUGAAAGUGUGAAGUGUUUUUUUCAAAUUUCUUGAUUUUCAUAUUGAAAGUUUUUUUUUUCAGUUUUUGGAAGAUGACAACGACAAUGAGCAGAAAGAGCCCCGCAGCGACGUAACUGAGAUUUUCGAGAAGAAGAUUCUCUCCAUGGACACCUCUUUGAAUGAUACUGAGGUAAUUUCGAUUCAAUAUUUUUAAGUUUCUUGUAUUUUUUAGAUUGAUAUUCCUCCACAGGAAAAACCUGAACUCGUAUCCGAAGAUAGUGAAGUGGUAGAAGAGAAUCUGAACGAUGUCAAAGAAAAGGGGGAAAGCCCGAAGACUUCAAACCACAUGAAAGACAAACAAGAAGUUCCAGAACGUUUGGACGACAUGAAAGAAGAGCAGCGAAUCCUUGAAUUCUCAGAUAAUAUGGGAGAAAAAAAAGAAGUUUCGGAACAGUUGGACGACAUGAAAGAAGAGGAGCAAAUUCUUGGAAUUUCAAAUGAUGUGGAAAAAAAAGAAAUUCCUGAAACUUCAAAUGAAAAAGAAGCCGACGCGACGUUGCAUAUUCUCGAAGAAUCUGAUAAAGACGGACUUGAGGAUAAAGAACCAAAUAAUACAGCUGUGGGAAGCGAGGAAUUACGAUCCGCUGAGGAGAGUUCAUCUACCGAGGAGAUCGUACCUAGCGAGCCAAAAGAGAGGUAUAUGAACUUCUUCUUUCUAUUUUUCAGUGAAUUAACGAUUUUUUUUUUUGAAGUGUAAAUGUGGCUGACCAUCGAGAGGUGGAGAGUCCAACUCAAGAAGUAGUCGUUGCUGAGCAAACUAGCACGCCGAGCACUUCUGAAGAUCAGGAAAAAUUGGACCUACAACCGGAAGAGGUUCAUCCAACACAGCGAACUCCUCGUGGAAAAAGUCGAAAAUCUUUGUCGGUAUGUCUUCUUUUUGAAUUUUGUGAAUUUAUUUUUUGAUUCAGAAAGGUGAAAGGGUUGAUCUCGAAGAGAAAAGUGAACAAGACUCUGGAGAAAGAGAAGAUGUGCCACCACCUACGAAACGGCGUUCUGUAAGACAAUCUCAGGUGAAUGCAUUUUCGCUUUGAUGGUAAUCACCAGAAUUUAGUUGUUGUUUUUUUCGCACAUCAAAAUUUAACUCAACAAGAUAAUAGUUUACAAAAAAAAAUUAAUGAAGAAGACGGCAAGUUUCGAAAAGUUCGCUGGCAAAAUGAAAAAGAUCAGCUAUGUAUAGCAUAACCUUUACAAGAUCCAAUAUUCGUAAAUUUCAUCUUUUUAAUUCCCUCAGGUGCAAGUCGAUUCGUUGCCAGUAAUAAGUAAGCGCAAAGAAAAGGCGCCAAAUACGGAAGAAGAUCAACAUGUUCCACCGGAGAACUCUUCCGGUCGCCGCUCUUUACGCGCUCGUGCCCCGACGGAGAUCCCUCCCACUCCCGAACCCAAAACCAAAACGUAAGUGUGAAAUUCAAAAAAGUCGGAGCAGUGUUCUUUUUUUUAAAUCAUAUCCACGCUUUCAGCCCUGCAACGAAGAAUAGGCGAUCGACGAAAGAUCAGGAAGAGAUAGUUGAGGAGGAAAAAGUAGAAGAUGAAGCUAAAAACGAUAAAAAUAAGACGCCCGAAUCCGAUCAAGAUCUGAAAAAGACACCUUCUCGUUCUAAACGUUCGUUUUCAAGUUUUUUUCUUUUUUUUUGUUUGAGGUUGAGUAGGCCCUUUGAAUUUUUUGGUAAUGAACAAUAGAAAGUUCAACGAAAACGACUUCUCUCAAUUUUUGUUUUGAAGUAAUGUUAACUUUUUUCUAAAAGUUUUUUAUUCAUUUUUUUGCAAAUUUCAAGGCGUCAAGACUACCGAACCGGCAGAAACGCCGGUUUCUGAAACCAAGAAAACACUUUCUUCUGAAAAGUCGGCAAGUAAAGCAAAAACUCCGACGACGCAAGCUAGGGCCAAGUCGACUACAAAAAAGAAGGCUGAAGCUGAAGCAGAACCGGACCCAUAUGAUAUUGAUACCAAAAUCGAUGAACAUCCAGAACCUCUCAAAAAAAUAUUCACGUAUGUUCAGUUUUAAAUUUAAGAAGUUAUAAUAUAAAAAUUUUUUUCAGAUGCAAGUUCAGUCAUUCGGAUCAGUGAAGUACGAGAAAGUUGGUAUCGGAAAAUAUGAACAGACGGAAAAAGCUGCUGAAUCUCGAAUUGGAAAUUUGGUGACUCCCAAGGCUACCAAUCGAAAAUCUCUAGCGGAAAUGACUCCUAGUCGGCAAGCUUCAUCGCACGCCACAUCAUCAGCCAAGUUUACAAUCUUUCAAGAAUUUUUUUUUGAAAUUUUUUUAGAAGUUAUAAUUUUUUGAAUUUCAGAAGAUCACGACCGCAAAAGCUAUCGGAGAAGGAAGACGUUUUCGCAGAUGAGCCUAUGGACUUUGAGGAUACCGACACUACUAAAUCUGAACAGAACAAGACUGCUCGCAAGAGAAAGUAAUUUUUCCAAACUUUUUUUUGUUCAAAUUAAUUUUGGAACGCUCCAGGAUAAGUAAAACCUGGCUAAGAACGUGCUUCAUGAUCACUAAAAAGUUUCCCUUUUACUUGGUUCAAUUUGUUUUCAAUAGAAACUUUUCGUUUUAAAAAUUAUUAUGAUUGCAUCCGCAUGGCCCUUUUCAAAGUUGUUUCUAUUGUCCAAAUCUCAGAGCUGAUACGGAAACGACGCCUGUUUCUGCGAAGAAGCCUCACGUUGAGAUCCCGGAGUUCACCUCGGAGCAGCAGUGGAUGAUCGACCAUCCUGAAGACGAACACGCGCCCCACCAAAAAGGGGCUCGAGUUUAUGCUCUCUUCGCCAAAAUCUAUUAUCCCGCUAUCGUCGUCGAUGAGUGAGCUUUCUACAUUUUCUAAGUUUUUCUGAGGAGAUUCAUUUUGUUUUUCUUUUUUUACGGUUUCAAGAGCAGCUUUUUUCACAUUAAAAAGAAAACGCUAAAAAACGGAUCAAGUUAAAAAGUUGCAGUUUUCAGAUUUUCCAAUUUCUUUAAAAAUCGAAGUAGUGCGGAAAAUAUUUAUAACAUACUAAGUUGUAUAGUCAAUGUUUCCCGACUUGAAAGGCGAGGGAGACGGGGCAAGGGGCGGGACGCGUAGCGUGUGCGUUCGCGGUUCUUUGCACGAGUACAAUUAAAUUGCCGCCGACUAUUUAAAAAGCUCGGCAGCCGCUCUUUUUCAAUUUUUUCUACAAUUUUUUGAUGCACACAUGGAUAUAAUCAAUAAAUAAUUGAAAAAGGAAUGAAAAGAGCGAAAAACGGGCUUCUCAAAAAGUCGAUGGCGGUUGAAUUGAACACGUGCCAAGAACCGCGAACGCACACGAUACGUGUCCUGCCCCCUGCCCCGCCUCCCUCGCCUUUCAAGUCGAGAAACAUUGACUAUAACAAUUCUUUUCGUUAUUUUUAAACUUCUGCUAAAUUACAAUUGAUUACAGUUAUCCUUUGAAGGUGUUUCACUAUCCAAAAAUUUGCAGUCGUGAUGCUCUGGGCCGUUUCAAAGUUUACUUCACGGCUGACCAAAUUGUCAAGGAUGUCCCAACUGCCGGCGUGAUUCCUUUGAGGGCCGUUGUAUCUGAGAAAACGGUUCGGAAAAAAAUUUUUUAUUUCUGUUUAAUUGCUUGGUUUGAGUGCUUUUACGAAGAUAAUGUUGCUCAAGUGCUGGCCUGUCCUAAUGCGGCUUCGGCUGAUGAAUGGACGGAGGGACAGUUCAAAAUAGUGGUUUUGGAUGAAGACAUGGAACCAAACGGAGAGACUUUGAGGUUCUUUUUUUCUUCCUCGACAAGAAUUAAAUUUCUUUUAGUGUAAAUUGGAAAAAUAUCUCGCUUGACAUGAACGAUUGGAAAGAGUACAUUCAGAAGAAAUCAAGUGAAGCCACUCAGAUUAUCACUGGUUAAUAUUAUACAUGUUUUCGAUGAGGCGAAACUUGCUUUUAGAUAAUAUUUCUUCGAUUGACAAUCGUCAAAGGAGGUCGACUGCCGCUUCUGCGGUGGCCGUUGCUACGCCAACGGCUACAAAGGCUCAACCGAAAACGCCCAAAAGUGCAAAAACGACAGAAAAAACCCCGCCAUCGUCCUCUUCACAACGUUUGACCUUUUUUUGGGUUUAAUGAAAGACCGCGAAAAACAAAAUUACUGAAUUUGAUCUGCAAAGCGCGUUCUCAUCCUCUCCAAAAAAACGUACCUUUUUUUUUUUGUUGUUUAUUUCUUCUUCAGAUUAACAAUUGUUUCGUUUGAAUUCAAAGCUUUUUGUCCUUAAAUUAUUAAUUUAUUGCUUUUUCACGUCAUCUUUUUUUAAUUUAGAGUUUUAUUUGAAAAAAACUAUAUGAAAAUUUUUUUCCAAUUUUUUUGUCCUCCGAGUAUAAUAAAGAUUUUUAAUUCACAAGGAAAAAAAUAACGGUCACCAGUUCUCCAUUUUCUGGCGACUCAACAUCUUUUUUUCUUACUGGGCUUUUUUUAUAUUAUCAUUAAUGAAUCUUUUUUUAAUCGUUGCAAAUUUACAGGUAAAGGCCGUGGCAGCAGAUCAAAACGAGGAACGCCACCUCCGAAGUUGGAAUCCAGUCUGAUGGCCGAAGAAGAGAUUCCUCGUGAGUUUUUUUUCCUCUUAAUCGAAAUAUAUAUAUUUAUAUAUAUAUAUAUAUAUUCUUUUUUUGAAGCUCCAACUGGUGCAGCCGUUCACCUUUUCGAAGGUAAAGCUUUCAUUUUGACUUCUGCCAAUCGGCCGUCGCCCGAUGGAUCGUUAUUCCGCAAGAAGUUCAUGCAUGAACACAUCGUCAUGCGGAUGGGAACUGUUGUCGAAGAUUUCAAGGUUUUUUUAACCUAUAUUUUAUGUUUUAUGUUGGUGUACGAGUAGUGAACCAGAUUCUCUGGUAAUGAAAGAGACUCACUUCUUGCCGUCCAGCUGAAAAUUUUCAUUUAUUGCGAUUUAUAUUCGAUUAUGAUAGUAAUCUGGCGAAGAACCACCGAAGCAUAUGUUAUAGCUUUUUUUAAAACUUUUUUUUAGAUAUACCCUGUAGAAGAUCAAAACCAAUAAAACGUUGAAACAGGCUUACUCUCCAGUUUUUAAUUUUUUUUUUUUCACGGCCAACUUGAAUUGGGGUCAACACGAAAUUAUAUUUAAGGAUUUCGAUGACCAUCCUGAGUUGGAGCCUUUCCUGAUAUCUGACACUCAUUAUCGAACUCAUAAGUAUUUGGCGGCGAUGGCUCGUGGAAUGCCUUGUGUUUCACAUAAAUGGGUGCGACAAUGUUUGAAAGAAGUAAGCCGAUUUUUCUUUCAACACUUUUUCGAUUACUUUUUUCGUGUAUAGAAAAAAUAAAUAUUCUUUUCAGGGUGUUUUGGUUGAUUAUGAAGAGUUUCUACUUCCAGCCGGGGUUUCGAUUUUGGAUCAUAAACUUUAUCCACUGUUCGUUUUUUUUUUAUCUGUCAGAAAUUGUUUUAUUUUUUUUUCAGUUCAAGAGAAGCCGGGGUUUUGCUUAAAAACAAAAGGGUUUUUGUUCAUUCGCGACAUCCCUUGACUGGUGAAUGCAAAAACAUGUCUUUUAAUGAGAUUUGGAAGCCGAUCGUCAAGUUUCUUGGAGGAGAACUUUUUGAAGAAGAACCUGAAAGUUUGUUUUUAAUUCUCAGAAGAUGCAUUAAGAAAUCACCUUGAAACGGCUCAUUUGCAGGCGAAUACGAAGUUUUACUUACUGACAACAGUGCGAAUCCUAAAGUUGUCGAGAACGCGUCAAAAAAGAAAGCGGACAUCGUUUCUUCUGAAUAUAUUAUCCAGGUUUGUUGUUUUCGUUGAUGUCCUUCAUUCAAAUUCAAGGAGAUUCCAUCUGAAAAUGAAAUGUUUCCAGGCUAUCAUCAUGAACAAGCUUCCACCCGUCAAUGGUCAUGUUCGCUUCAAGCCUGAAGGUCUUACGCGCAGCUCGAAAGAUACCAAAAAGCGCCAUUGAUUCACAUUGAUGAAUUUUUCUCAUUCAUUUGAUACAUGUUUCUCACAAUUUUCACACUUAUUUUUUAUUUUGCACUCUGAUAAAUUCUCCAAAUAUUAAGCUAUAACUCACCAUAGCUUGAGACAGCAUUUUAAGAAAAAAAAAUUUAUGACACUAAUAUUUACAUUCUGGCAAAAAAGUUUGAUUUGCGUAAAUAAUAUUUUUGACUUUUUUUUUUAGUAACUUUGGUCGCAAGCUCUCGGUGAGUGGAGUAUUACUGUAUUUCUACAUUGAAAACCUUUAUAAUAAACGUUUUUAGCAGAACUAAUUCUAAUUCGUCCUUGAUCGAAAGCCUAAUUCGGAGUAAAAAAAUCUCCUAUCCCUGUGUAUUAAACUUGUGUUGUUGUAUUGUAUAGUUUGGCCUUAGGCUGCCGCUCCCUGUAUUGCUCUGUCAAAUGGUGAGUCUGUCUCAAACUUUUUUUUUAUUAUAAAGAUCUCACACUUUUAACUUCUAAAAUAUUCUAACUUAUUCUGUUCUGUUCAUAAUAAACUGUAUUUAAAAAAAUUUGUUAGACGGAGCCUUGAGGUUUUAUCGCCUCCUCGCAGUUUAUUUCAGCAAACAGUUUUGGGUCUAUAUGGUGGUUCUUGCGACAACUCUUAUAGUUUACAAACAACGAGAAAGUUUUUCUUGAUUAGUCGCCCUUCGUGAACUGAAUAGCUGAUUUAUGAUGGCUCUUAUGUUUUCAUAUCUUCAACAUUUCAAUUUUUUUUUUCACAAAGUUUCAAAAAAAGUAUUUAUUCUUUUUAGCGCUCACAUAGGCAAAGUCGGAAGGACCCUUCACGGGCCUUUGAGCGUCCGUUACGGAUCCGUCUGUUUCCGGAAAUUGUUCCUAAACGGUUUCCUUUUUUCUGCCUUUUUGCGUCCUUUCAUCGGCCUUCAUCCACCCUUUUUAGACCCUUUUGAGAAAUACAAUUUUUUUUAAAUUGAGAAUAAUCUUUAAAAGUGACUGCGUAUGAACCGAAAUAAGCUACAGUAAUAACAUCGGAAAUCAUCAAUAACAGAGACUUUCAGAACCUUUUUGAACCCCCACUCUUUCUUCACCCUUUUCGCGGCCUCUCCCUUUUUUCGCCCUUUUAUGACCCUUUUUAACCCACCAAAAAUGAAAGGCUCAAUAAAGGCCGUAAAAAGGGACCCUUUUAGCGGCCAUUUUGCAGUCACUCCCUUUUUGCACCCGUUUUCCGCACUUCCGAAUUUGGCAGUGCAUUUGAAUCAAUUCUAUCCGAAGAGAGGAUUAUCAAGAAGAUUAAAUGAAUAACGUUCAAAUGUUAGAUGUUCAGAUUUCGCCACAGUUUCUUAAUCUUCCCAGAGAUGUACUGGACUCGAAUUUUUUGGAAAAACGGAUGGUACGACAAAAUCUCAAGUCCGCAAAUCUCGAGGACCGUAAUCUUGUGUACACAGAUCCAAAGUCCCAUAAUCUUGGAGACCAAAAUCUUGGAAACCACAAUCUUGGAAAGUAAAAAUCAACGCUUUUGCGAAUAGAUUUUAUCACAAAUUGUAUUCGGUGAUCCAAACAAGAGAAUAUAAGUAGAUAAAGUGCAAUAAAGAAGACUAAAAAGGAAGAUUUCUGCUUUCCAAGAGUGUGGUUUCCAAGGUUAUGGGACUUUAGAUCUGCGUACACAAGAUUACGGUCCUCGAGAUUUGCGGACUUGAGAUUUUGUCGUACCAUCGAAAAACGCGGUCUCAAUGGGGCGCAUUUUCGCUGUCGUUUCUGUCUUUCGGCUCUCUCGUUUUUUUUUUGUUUUCAAGUUACACGUAGAUUCCUCUUCAAAAGAACAAGUUGCGCCUCUAUUUGAACUGGACCCAAUCAAAUUCACAACAUUCCCAACAUUUCCGAAAUUAAUAAUUUCAUUUAAGAAAAAAAAUAACUACUUUACUACUUUUAGGAUUUCGGAACUAAUUUUUUUUUCUAAUUUUUAUCACUCUUCAACACUUUUUAUAAAAACUAAGGUUUAUACCGUUGAUGAACUUAAAAUAUAAUGGUUUUCUGUGCCAGAAAGAGAGAAAAAAAAAACACACAUUUAUACUCUUAGACCUGCAACUGCCGUCUUAUGGUUAGCGCAAAGUUUCUUUAAAUAGAGAUAUACAGUACCGCUCAAAAGUCUAUUAAGUUUUGGUUUUUUGGGGAUAUCUCAGCGAGUACUUAUCCGAUUUAUAUAUAACUUUCAGGGAUAAUGUAAAAUAUACUUUGAAACAUAUACGGUAUACAAAGACAUGUCCGCAAUGACUGUGACGCGUUUUAGGCAUUUUUUUAUUGAAUUCCAUUUUUUUGUUUUUUUAUGCUUUUUAUUUUUUUUAUUUAUUUUUUUAUUAAAUUUUUUUAAAAAUUAAUAAUGUUGCCAUAUGAUUUUUUUUCAUGUUUUUCAGACAUGGGAAGAACCUUUGGAAAUAAGAAUUUGGCUGAUAACGACAAAAGAGCCAUCGUUGUGGGUCGUCAAAAUGGACUGACCAUGAUGACGUUGGCAGGAAUGUUCGGCGUGACAGAGGCGGGCAUUUCUCAGUUCCUAAAGCGUCAGAAAGCUCAAGAUGGCUCUACUAACAGCCAACGCACUGGAAGAUCACGUGUCACUGAUCGUAAUGACGAUAGGAACAUUUUGAAGACGUCUAGAACCAAUCCAAGACACCGCCCCUGCGAUCAGACGGGAAGUUUUCUUGAAUUCGCCAUCUCCGCCAUCCGUCUCGACCGUGAAACGACGUCUGAAUGCUGCUGGAAUCAUGGGAAGACGUCCAGUGAAGAAACCGCUGAUUUCUGUAAAGAAUCGAGCCGCCAGGGUGAAGUGGGCGAAGGAGCAUCUCAACUGGACCCGUCAAGACUGGAACAAGAUUCUGUGGUCCGACGAAAGCAAGUUCCUCCUCUUCGGGAGUGACGGAAUUCAGUGGGUUCGUAGACCAAUUGGGUCCAGAUAUCAUCCGAAAUACCAAUUACCCACCGUGAAACAUGGUGGAGGUUCUUGCAUGGUGUGGGGCGCCUUCUCUGGAAGUGGCAUCGGACCGCUUCAUCGCGUGAACGGCAUCAUGGACAAGCACGUCUACAAAGACAUUCUCCAGAACCAGAUGUUGCCGCACUUGAGAGCCAUGGGCCGUGGGAGUGUUUAUCAACAGGAUAACGAUCCCAAACACACUUCACUGUUCGUCAAGGUGAGAAAAAUUGACAAGUAAUUCGUAUGGUUUUGAAACUCAGGACUGGUUCAAGAGCCGUCGGGUCAAUGUCAUGGGGUGGCCAAGUCAAUCUCCGGACCUGAACCCGAUCGAACAUCUCUGGGAAGAGUUGGAGCGACGUUGUGCCAACAAAAGAGCCAAGAAUUGCAACGAGAAGUUUGCUCAACUGCUGUCUGAAUGGAAUCAGAUCCCCAUGUCUACCAUCGACACUUUGCUCAAUUCUAUGCAGAGAAGAUGCCAGGCAGUGAUUGACGCCAGGGGCUUCGCAACCAAGUACUAG